UUUUUCCUGCUCUUUAUAUACUUUUCAUCUUUUUUGAGUUGAAACCAAAUCUCGAUCUUCUCUCCUCACUCCAUGGCGAUCAAACCGAAUGGAAAAUCCCCUGUUACCUCCGAUCACGAUGACAAAAUCAUGCUUUUCCGCGAUGUCACACCGGGUCCCCACGAAACCCAGCUGCGUUUCCGCUUGAUUCAUUUUUGGGAGGCUUGGAAUCCUCUCAAGAAGACGCUAAUUGGGAUUGAGAUGCUGUUAAUUGACGAGCAGGGAUCUGUUAUCCAAGGAUUCCUUUCGCCGAGCCGUAUUGAGAGACAUUUGUCUAAAAUGAAGCCUGGAUCGCUUUACAAGCUCAACAAUUUUUAUGGAUCAAGCAACAAAACCAUGUAUCGGGUUUCUGAUCAUGCUGUGACGGUGUCGUUCUCAUGGAACUCGGAGCUCUCUGUUCUUGAAGACAGUCCCACUCCUUUUGAUGAAGACAGAUUCCGUUUUCAUUCCUUUGAGGAAUUUCAAGCUGGCUGUGAUCGCAAAGGAGACCUCUACGAUGUUCUUGGGCACAUGAAGCUGGUUAAUGGUCAGUGUAUCACUGGGACCCCGGUUCUUGAUGAAGUGGAAAUAGCUAGGGCGAGGCAUGUGUUGGUUCAUGUGCAGUCAUACGAUGGACCUGUGGUGAAGCUCUACCUUUGGGACCAGGCUGCAAGAGACUUCUGCAAAAAAUUCAAAUCAUACGAACGCACCCCCACCGUGUUAUUGGUGACGACCGUUAACACCAAGAGUCUCGGAGGUACUCUUGCACUGACUACAAUGUCCUCCUCACGUGUCUUUAUGGAGUGCGACGUCCAGCCUACGGUCGACUACUUUAGCUGGUUGGGCUCUAACCCACAGAGUGCUGAGUUGGUCAAUGCAGAAGUGGUUACUAAAAGGGAGACACUGACCAUAGGAGAAAUAUUCUCCUACAUCAGGGAUGGAUCUAAUAAGGAGGCUUUUUUUGAGUGCACGGCUACGAUUGAUGAUGUGGUCCAUGGUUCAACCUGGUAUUACAUAUCAUGCAGUGGUUGCCAUACUAAGGCUACGAAAGGGCCAACUUCUUUGAUGUGUUCAAAAUGUGGGAAAGUCAACAUAUCAGGAGUACCACAGUACCGUGCACAGAUAUCUGUCUAUGACAACAGUGAGCAAGCUGUUUUUGUUCUGCUUGGUGAUGCUGGUUUUGAGUUAACCGGGAAGCAUGCAGCCGAGUUAGUCAGCAGCUAUUUUGAGUCUAAUGGAGACCAAGGAGUUACUCAAGAGGCGCCUUUCCCGGAAGCUUUAAUUAGCACUAUCGGUCAGAAACAUAACUUCUGUGUUAAAGUUACACAGCACAACUUAGAUGGCAAGUCUCGAUCUUUGACUGUGACCAAGAUUCUCCCUAUGGAAUCUCCGCCAGUCACAGAAGCUUCGGGAGGAAACUACAACCCAACAACCUUGGAGGACGGAUUUGAGACUGGAACGAAGGUGUGUGGAGCUUCCAAAAUCAGUGUGGAUUCGGCAGAGGGAAGUAAGAACAAUGGUGACAUUGACCAGAUGGGCAAAGCAAAACGCCUCAAGCGUGGGGUGUAGAUUUUACGUGGGUCGUAACAUGUCUUGCAUGGGAGUACGUUUAAAGUUUGUUUUUUUUUUUUUUUUUGCUCACUCUGUUAUUGACUUAUGAUUUCUUUCAAUUUCUCUAAAGUUUUUUAAUUACUCUGAAUGUUUAAGUUUUGAUAAUCAUUAUUCUACUU